AUGGGUAUUGCAUACAACACAAGAAUAAACACCCGGAUUGCCCCACAUUUGGGGAAGCUUUCUUUGAAGAACCUCUUCACGUAUAGCCCUACGUUGAUGCUAUGGGGUGGUGCGUCGGCAGCUGGGUUGUUGGUUUUCAUUGAAGGCUGGCCCCUGUUCCGGCAAACUUUCUUCCAAAAGAUCCCCGUCUUUGGGAGUCACUGGGUCGACGACACGCCGGAAGAGGACAAGCCACAGUAG